UCCGAGUCCGGAGCUAGUAGAUCGCCCAGGCGAUUCAUCUAAAAGCACGAAUAUUCAUGUACUUGCGUGAAGCUGCAGAGAAGUCCCCUUGUGUAGAGGAAUUUAUUGUUUAAGAAGCGUCAUGAAACCCAGGAAAUACCCAAGGCCCUGCGCUAAGACGACCAAGUGGUCCAGAUAUCUGAAUGACCGAAGAGCAAUUUCGUAUGACUCAAUAGGCAAGGUCCUUUUUCUCUCCGCAACCCCCAAGUUACCUAAGAAUUGGGAUCGAUACACUGAAGGUUCGCCUGUUCAACGUUUGAACUCUUCUUUUUCGGCUCUUGUCAUAAUUUGCGCCUUUCUGCCAACACCAACAAUGGCCGCAUCUGCAAGAGACAUCAGACCUAGCAAGGAUGCAUCCAACCUGAGCAUCUCGCAAAGCCAUAGCUUCUCCACAUCGCCAAACGCGUCCUUUCAGUCCGCUCCGUCGAGCCAUAGCGGCUCAGUUCUGGCAAGCCGGAUGGCUUCCGCUGCCAACGCGAAACAUUUGAAGCCAUUCGCGACGGAGGAUAUCAAGGUCUUGCUUUUGGAAAAUGUCAACCAGACCGGGCGCGAAAUCCUUAGCAAACAGGGCUAUCAAGUAGAAUUUCUCAAGUCGUCGCUUCCGGAAGACCAGCUUAUUGAGAAGAUUCGAGACGUACAUGUGAUUGGAAUCCGUUCAAAGACCAAAUUGACCCCACGCGUCUUGAAGGAAGCUCGCAACCUUAUAGUCAUCGGCUGCUUCUGCAUUGGAACAAACCAGGUUGACCUUCAGUAUGCGGCUGAGCAUGGUAUCGCAGUGUUCAACUCGCCGUUUAGCAAUUCCCGAAGUGUGGCAGAACUGGUUAUUGGUGAAAUUAUCGCUCUUGCUCGCCAACUCGGUGACCGCUCCAACGAAAUGCACAAUGGUACCUGGAAUAAGGUGAGCAACAAGUGCUGGGAAAUUCGCGGAAAGACACUAGGAAUUGUUGGGUAUGGGCAUAUCGGAUCUCAGCUAUCAGUUCUUGCUGAAGCCAUGGGCAUGUCGGUCAUCUUCUAUGAUGUAGUGAAUCUCAUGGAGUUGGGAACAGCCCGCCAGGUUCCCACUCUGGAGGCUCUCCUUUCCGAGUCAGACUUUAUCACCUUGCACGUUCCCGAACUCCCGGAGACAAAGAAUAUGAUAGGGCAAGCUCAAUUCGAGAAGAUGAAGCAGGGCAGCUAUCUUAUCAAUGCUAGCCGAGGAAGUGUGGUCGAUAUCCCUGCGUUGAUACACGCGAUGCGAUCUGGCAAGGUUGCUGGCGCUGCACUAGAUGUUUAUCCAAAUGAGCCGGCCGGAAAUGGUGAUUACUUCAACAACGAUCUCAACGAAUGGGGCGCGGACCUCCGUGCUCUCAAGAACAUAAUCCUGACCCCACAUAUCGGUGGCAGCACCGAGGAAGCGCAGCGCGCAAUCGGUGUCGAAGUAGCUGACGCUUUGGUCCGAUACGUGAAUGAAGGUACUACACUGGGCGCUGUCAACCUCCCAGAGGUCACCCUUCGUUCUUUAACCAUGGACGAGCCGAAUCACGCUCGGGUAAUCUAUAUCCAUCACAACGUUCCUGGUGUGCUUCGUAAAGUCAACGAGGUUCUUGGUGAUCACAAUGUUGAUAAGCAAAUGACGGACAGCAGAGGCGAUGUGGCCUACUUGAUGGCCGACAUCAGCAGUGUUGAUAACACGACGAUCAAGGAUUUGUAUACAAGACUUGAAAGCCUGUCAUCCCGAAUCAUGACGAGGAUCCUAUACUAGAAAGAACUCUCUUGGACCCAAGCGAACUUGUUUGCAUCAAUCAUUCCACAUAGAUUAGAGCAUAUGUACCUUCUCCCGGCAGAAGAGCGGAGGUAAGAUGGGUCUGGAAAGUCCAGGGUGUCAUUGAUUGUUUUAUUCAGGUUCUGGUGGAGUCCCUCAACGGCAGCUGUCUACCAAAAGUUUGAUUAUAUGUUCAUUCAAGAAUGCUGGGAAGGUUCUUGAUCUGUCUCAACCUGCUAGAAAAAAAUAAAUAAAAAAACUAGCGAUUUCCCCUUGUAAUCAAUAUUGUUCUACUUGUAACGCCGGCAAGAGGCGGUAACCAGACUUCUUGUGACCGGGUGUGGUGGGAAAAGAUCGAUUCCCUUCAACCGAUAGAGAGAACCCAAGGUUGGAUAACAGAAGUGCUUUUCACCGGCGAUAUUGGUGUCUCUCUUGUCGUUCUCUAUACAACGGACUCCGGCUUCGUCUCCUGGGUGGAUUAUCUCGUGGGUAAUCAGGGUACGGAUGGUCAUGGUAAGGGCCACCACGCCACUCAGAAUUAAUAGGGCCAUGGUCCCUCUCACGACUUCGUCCACCGCCGCCGUAACUCGGAACAUAUGAAUCAACAUUUGCAUCAGAAGGCCCAUAGCGACUACCACCAUACGCCCGAUCUCGUCCGCCCUUGUCGGGGUGGCUUGCCGUCCAUGACUGGUGUGCUGGGGCGGGAGGUUUGGGCGGUAAACCGCCGUCUUUAUGUCGAGAUGGAAGUCCUUGGUUUGUCUCUUCACCCGCUCUUCUUAGCCGGCCCGGUUGGGAUUCGCUAUUCCAGCUAUCAACGGGACGGCGCUGUGGAUUGCCUUGAUUUCCAUUAGCACUCGGCUUGGUCCCGCGCGCAGCGCUAGGCACGCGAGCAUUUCUAGGCUCGGCGCCUGUCCUAUUUCCGGAAUUAGUUGACCAUCCCCCGUUACGGCCCAUGCCCACGGAACCUCCAGCGGGUGCCGGGGGCAAAGCAGCUCGCUGCCCGCGGAACCUCCGCCUAUCGAGUUCAUGUGAAUCUUCGAAAGAUGGAAGGUCUUCAGGACGCGCGGGGAGCGGUGGUGUCGAGAAGUACGGAUGUUUUAACGCAUCUAUCGCAUUUAUUCUUUUGCGCCAAUCAAGCUUCAAGAGCUCUGUGAGUAGAGAAAUGGCGGUAGGGCUCAAGCUAUGACAAGUUAGAAGAGGAUAGAGAUACCUAUGGGAGGAAAUUACUCUUUGAAGACGUCCGGGAGGUUGCCAGGCCUGUUGCCAAAGCUUUUCACACCUUCACAGCCAGGGAGGGAGCUCCAACCUGGCAUGUUUUCUUCCGUUGGUGUGCCCACAAGACCGAAAAUGAGCUGUGCUUGGUUGAGAUCGCUAUUACCAGCGAGUAUUGGUUUGCCCUUGAACAUCUCGCCGAAAACACAUCUGGAAAAUGUUAGAAAUAGGGCGCAGAAAACUCGCGGUGACUAUACCCGACUCCCCACAUGUCAAUUGCAGAAGUAUAACGCCGGAGCUGUAGUAGUAGUUCCGGAGGACGAUACCAGCGUGUCACUACUAAUGUCGUAUAGUCUCGCUUGGCUUCUCCACCACCUUUCCCGGGUUGAGGAGGUGGUUCGUCAAAUGGUCGUGCCAGCCCAAAAUCAGCAAUUUGAAGAAUGCCACGGUUACUUAUAAGUAGGUUUGCAGCUGUACCAAGUCAGCACAUGGGGUCUUGCCCAAGUUGUUGUCGAGACUAGCCUUUCAUAUCGCGAUGCAGGAUACAAUUCUGUGCGGAGGUCAGACAAAAUUUCUUGAACUGCUCAGGCGCGGGGACGAUGAUACCCCAUGUAGAUAACGCAGCCCCUCUAAGAGUUGGAUCAUGUAGCACUUGAUCUGCGGCUCGGUAAAGUGAACUGCCGGGUUCUCCAAGAGUCCUGAAAGGUCGUGUUCCAUAUAAGGGAAGACCAUAUACAUGCUGGCUUUCUUUCGGCCCUCCCCUUGUGAAGAGUCAGGCGAGGCAUCCAGGAGCUGUUUUGAUAGUCACACACCUUUGCUUCGCUCGACAGACAUCUCUCUGAGCCGCAUGAUGUUUGUAUGCGACAGCAUUUUUAGCAGCUUGAUCUCGCGUAGUGCAGUAAUCGGGAACUUGAGCAAUCAGUCGGUUAAGGAUUUUAGGUUUUCAGAAGAAACCGUUGUUAGCUCACCCCAUCCCGUUCAUUGUGCAUAAGAAUCUUUUUCAAGGCGACGAUAGAGCCGUCCCUUUUCGAUCUUGCUCGGUAGACCUCUC